AUGUUGAAACUGGUACUGAUUGGCCUUGGUCUUUUGAUAGCCUCUACCACUGCUCAAAUUAGGACGAAAGGUGGCACACUUAUUGCCAAAGAAGGAGAGUCUCUCAGUUUACGAUGUGAGGUGGAGGACCCAACAAUCGCUAUCAUCUGGCGAAAAAACACGGACGUUGUCGCAGUUGACGAUGAAAUUCUUGACACCUACGGAGGAUACGAAAUCUCGAUGGAAGGCUCAACAUCUGUGUUCACCAUCAAGAGAGUCGAACCAAUCAACUCGGCUAACUACUCGUGCGCGUUGGCAGAGCCGGAAGUCAGUGUUACUUUUGUCAUCAAAGUGCAAGUAAAACCAUUGGUGCUCAUCUCCCCUGACACCGGAGUCUACCACGCCAGAGUUGGAGAAAAGAAUUUGGUGAUCACCUGUCAUGUGAAAGAAGGGAACCCGAAACCAGGAGUGGUUUGGACCAAACAGGCUGCCAAAUUGCCAGAGGAUAUCAAGAGAGAGCACGGAGGAGCCAGAAUUGUUAUCACUGAGGUCAAAAAGCAUCAUGCUGGAAAGUACAACUGUUUGGCGGAGAAUGUCGCAGGAUCGGAUAGAGCUACUAUCGACAUCCAUGUUGCUGAGCCCGUCCAAGGAGAACGCGAAGAAAAACCAUGGGUCAAAAACGAGGACACAUUUAUUCCUGUCCGCAAAAACCAAAACGCUUCAUUCUGGUGUACUUAUGACGGAACUCCAGUCCCUCAAGUCGAGUGGCUCUUCAAUGGUUACAAGAUUAACUUCAAUGACGAGAAGUUCAAGAAAACUUCGGAGACAGCUCAAAGGCUUAAUGGGUACAGCAAGUCAACCCUGACUGUUGGCGACAUCACUGAAGAAGCGUUCGGCGACUACGCAUGCCGUAUUUCCAACAAACUCGGAUCUGUCAUUGCAGUGGUCCAUGUUAGCGGAAAGCCAGGACCACCACAACUGUCUCUCGAUGAUUCCGAACUUUCAUGGACAGUCAGAGCAUUCGACAAAAUCUUAGAAUACCAACUCUGCCACCGAUUCGAGAACGCCGACCAUUUCCUGCCAGAAAAUUGUCACAGUGUCCGAGUGAAAAAGAGUGACAACAAUGGAGAUGACAAAUGGACCCAUACCGUAGACUUGUCAUCAUAUUUGGAGCAAGGACAGAAGUAUCAUGUCCAGUUGAAAGCUAGAAAUGCAUUAGGAUGGGGAAGCAUGGCCAAGGAUGCGUUGAGCGUCGAGUUGCAAAGAGUUGAGAAAGAAGAGACAAAGGCCACAUCCGUCUUGUCAGCAGUGACCGCUCUUUUUGUUACCCUUGUUUCAGUUUUCCUACUUUGA